AUGGCUGUAGAUCCAAAUGAGAAAGAAUACAGCUCGAAAAAGAGGCCCAGAAGCGGUUAUUACGAACAUGAGUUACUAAACGAGUCCUACGGGGAUGAAGAGGACCUUGAACCGGGUAACGCAAGCGGACCAAUCCUGGACCAGGAAACGGAACGACUCCAUGGCGAUGACCUUGACGGCCCGUUACCAAACGAGGACCAGCUGCAGCAGCCGCAGCCCAAUUACCGUCAUUCGCCACAGGAGCAACACUAUCCGCGUCCUCAGCAUGGAGACUAUCAACUGACACAAUGCACCACCUUCACGCCCUCGCACUCUCCAGCUAGUCAUCGUCAGUUUUCGCCGGAGAGGGUGCGACAACCCUGA